ACUAAACGAAGGUGAAUGGAUUAUGGUCUACACAAAAAUGGCAACCACAAGGCAAUCUCGGAUAUGAAGCAUGUUUGGUGUCCUCAUUGUCCUCUAGUGAAAGCAGUGAUGUAUUGGGAAGACACGUAAAGAUCAUCACAAUCUUCAGGAAAUCUGCAGCUCCAUGAACUAAGGAGACGGAAAUAGUUUAGGUGUGUCUCAGAAGUCCAGAAAUGUCCCAUAGAAGAGAAGAAAAGUCCCAUAACACACACAGGAGUCGCAAGAGAGAGGAUGAUGAUGCUCAAAGUCCAGAGAGCUGCAGUAGCAGCCAUCAUCAUGAAAAAGACCACAGUGACCGGAAAAGGAGGAGGAGUAGCAGCACUAGUAGUAAUCCUAACACACAGGAUAUUCAGAAGAUCAAACAUGUUGAGAUUUUCUAUGAGAAACCUCCGCCAGGAUUUAUUAAGGAGGAUGAACCUAAACCAGAAGACUGUAUACCAGACUUGCCAGGCAAUGAAUACGCCAGAGAUUUCCUGGCUCAUGCGCCCACAAAGGGUUUGUGGAUGCCAUUGGGCAAGGAAGUUAAAGUUAUGCAGUGCUGGAGGUGUAAACAGUAUGGGCACAGAACUGGUGAUCGCGAGUGUCCCUACUUCAUCAAAGGCAAUCAGAAGAUUGAGCAGUUCAGAGUUGCUCAUGAAGACCCAAUGUAUGGCUUAUUAAAGGAAAAAGAAAACCAAGAAAAACAACAGAGGAUUGCACAGCUGAAAAAACUGCUCGAGGAUUCAACAUCUGAAGAAAGCAGCAAUAGCAGUGACAGUUCACAAGAAAAACGUAAGAAGAAGAAAAAGAAGAAGGACAAAAAGAAGAAGAAGAAAAAGCGCAAAUCUUCUCACAGAAGCUCUGAUUCAGACUAAUGUCUAAAAGAAUGAGACAAAGUAAAUACAAUGAAAGAAUGACGUUGUUCCAGUAUGUGGACAGGAUAACUUUAGAGAUGGCAGAGCAAGAAACAAGGAAGGUUGCUAUUGCAAAAGGUGCAGGCUGCUGGACCAUUAAUGCUUUAAAGUUUUGGGAGCUACUUGGAUAUCUUGUGCAAUCACAACUCCUGAUCUGCAUAUUUAUUCCAGGUCCGUGACUCCCUAUAUAGGGUAACGCAGGCGAGGAUGAUGGCUCAAGAGCUUAUGCUUUAAAACUGAACUCCAUGCAAACAACUAAAUACACAGAUGAAAUGCA